AUUCAUAGCAACAGUUUUUGAUUUAAUGAUAAACUGAGAUAAGGGUAAUCAAACUUCAUGCUUCAGGGCAUAAGGUGAUUGCCUGCUGCGGUCAGGAUGGAAUUUUUUCCCUUGUGCUUUGCACAAUUGACUAGAUGCAUUAGAGAGAGUGCUCAAGCCGUGCUUGGAAGAGCUGGAGGCCCAGCAGAAAGCUCCGCUGGCUGAGAUCAUAUGGGAAAUGGUUUGGGUGGCGAUGAACAACCCCCAUCAUCAUUUGGCUUUAGCAUUUUUAUGUCAUAUUAAGAUUCUGUGUACUGUAUGUAUUUCUAUAAGCCACACAAUGAAGCUGGGAGCAUACUGUAUUUGGAAGCAGAUGCCCUGUACUCCAGCCCUGGCCAACAGAAUGAGCUUCUGAGUUACCUAGGGAAAGCACUCCCCACGUGGAGACUCAGUUUCCUCACCUGCGGAUGCCUUACUGACCCUGCACAAUUAUAAUGAGCAUUAAAUAAGACAAUAUGGAUAAAAGUGCUUCAUAAAAACCAGAUAGUUGUUGCUCUAGUGAAAAGUAUUAUUAUGAUACAAUGAAAUAUACUUUGUGGAAUCACUUUAUUAUAAUCAGCCAUAUGUAAAUUCACACUCUGUGUGGUGACAUCAUAAACAUAAUGACAGCAAACAUUUAUUGAGUUCUUAAUCUGUGCCAAGCACUGAAGUUUUAUUUACAUUCUCUCAUCUAAUGCUCAUGUCAGCCUUUUGGGGCACAUACUUUUACUUCCUAUAUUAUAGAUGAGGACACAGAUGCUCAAGGAGCAUCACUUAGCUUCCAAUCACUGUUGUAACGAAUUUCCACAAACGCACUGGCCUAAAGCCACACAGAUGUAGAAUUUUAGUUCUGGAGGUCAGAAGUCUGAAACGAGUUUCCCUGAGCUAAAAUCCAGAUAGCGGCUCCAGGACAGAAUGUGUCCUUGCCUUUUCCAGCUUCUCAAGCUGUCCUCAUUUCUUCACACGUGACCCCUUUCCUCCAUCUUCAAAGCCAGCAAUCCUAUGACUGAGACUUCUUCCGUAGUCACUUCUCCCUCUCCGACCCUCUGCCGUUCUCUUCCAUCUUCAAAGAACUCUUGUGGUUAGCUUGGGACCAUUCAGAUAAUCCAGGAAUCUCCCUAUUUUAAUAUCCAUUACUUAAUUAUAGAUGCAGAGUCCCUCUGGCCAUGUAAGGCAGCAUAUUCACCCAUUCCAGGGAUUAGGGCAUGGACAUCUUUGUUUUUAGGGGUGUGGACGUUAUUCUUCCUCCCACAGUGAAGUACCUUGCUAGGAGCGUGCUGCCAGAGUCAGAAUUCACACCCAAGGCUGUCAGUUCAAAGUCCACCAUCUCAACUACUCACUAUAAACCCUUCAAUGUACUCAGUGAAGGAAACAAUAAAAUCAUAGAAUGUGAGUGGUGAGGAAAGCCCUGUUGCUUUGAGAAUAAUCCAUUGGGGACUUUUAAAUAUAAUCAUCAUAGUAUUAACAACACAAACAUUGACCUGAUCUUCAAGUCCUGCUUUGUACUAAGCAUACUACAUGGAGUCAUUCAUUUAUUUAUUCUCAGCGUGUAUAUUGUUUAUCCAAUUAACCAGAUUUACACGGAUCCCUGAAUCCAUUUGUCUUUCACUGGAUAACUGAAGGAACAAGGAGCAUUUGGGGGGCCAAGGGACCACUUUGGAGGUCUAUAGGAAUGUGUUUUGAUGGAACUACUACUUCAGCAAAGGGUAGUUGAAGAAGGAUGGCAGGGGCAGUUGGGCCAUCAUUUUCUGGCUCUCGCACUGCCCCUUGGCAGAUUGGAUGGGGUUUGUCAGGUAAGACCAGCCCACUCCAUCCGCUGAUAGCCAAGACCAUUUCCAGCCUGUGAGGACUGAUACCCACAGAGACCAAUCAGACAGUCAGGAGCCUGUAUUCUGCUAGGUUUCCAAAGAACUAUAGAAAGUUAUCAGAGAUCCCUCCCUCACUGUCUUACCCAUCUCUCCCGCUCUUCUCUUCACCACACACUUAGCUAAUCUCUGAGGUUUAAUGUAAUUUUCAAGUUCAAAAUGUGUGCUCAUUACUGAAAAGGCUGUCAGAGCAAUUUGAAAAAGGAGUAGGAACACAGAGCUGAGAGUCUGGAAAAACACAGCCUAGCUGAACUGUUAGACAACCAGAUUACCUGUGGACAAGGACUGGCCUUGCUAGCCUUAGUUUUCUCCUUAGAACAAAGAGAGGUGGUGAUGGGCGGGAGAGAGUCUAUAUGACCUCCAGAGUUCUUUCUAGUAGUAGGAUCCCUUCAUGCUAUGUUUAUCUUCCUAUUUUAAUCCCCUAGGCAGUACAAUCAAAUACCAUGCUGAUUUUAGAAAAUAUGAAUCUACUUUAUGAACCUGCAUGUAGCUACCUGCAAAAAGAGACAGACACACAGAUAGUCCAACUUCUCAAAUUUAUUAUUGCCAUUUACAUUUUAUAACACUUUGCCCUUUUCUUUUGGGAUCACUUAAACUUCAUUGCUGCUAAUAUAGUUUUUAGACUCAAUUUUCAGAAAUACAUAGAUAAUAUUUUCAGUUAGCAGUAAUUGCACCUCAUUCAGCUCUCUGGGGUUGAUGCGUUACCAUUGCACAAUUUCCCAGUAAUUUUCAGUUAUAUCCCCAAAGAGCCACCCUGCCCCUCCCUGCCAUUGAACACAUAGAACUGAGAGGGCAAAUGAGUUUCAAAGUAGAGAGCCAAACCUGACUUACUGGUAGUGGCUGUUGCAGCUUGUGCUACAGAAAUUUGUAGGCCUGCAUCCAAGGUCAAAGAGAAAGAGAAUGCCUUCAUAGGUUGGCAGUGUUCUAUGAAAAAGGGAGAGUGUAUGGUAGCCCUCAGUGAGCAUGGUCUUUGUACAGGUUGAUAAGUGUUUAAUGCAGAUGUCAUCUGAAGUGAUGUCCCAGCUAGCUGCAAGAACAGAGCUUCAAUUAUCUGAUCCAUGGGAAGGCAGAUAAGUAACUUCCAAUGCAUAAAAAAUCUUGGCAAUUAUUACUUUACCCAGUUCUUGCCAUUUGAUUUAUUUUGUUGCCUUUUUCCUCAAUUAUUCCUGCUAUCUUUAACCAUCAAAGAUUCAAAAUAUAUGGUAAAUGAUUGUGCUACUAUAGAUAUCGCCUUCACUCCACAUAUAUGUAUAUGUAAGUAUGUACGUUUGUCCAUGCUAUACAUAGGUGUAUGUAAAUAUAGACAUAUAUAAAAAUAUAAUACACCACACAUGUGCCCCUACAGAGAUUUUAAAUGAUAGUCUUCAACAUCAGACAGACGUAGGUUGGAAACCGAUGCUGUUUGCUUAACAGAGUUGAGAAAUUGGGUAUAUCACGAGACCUCUGAGUCUAGUUUCCUUUUCUGUAAAAUGGAGAAAAUAUUCUUAAAGAGAUGUGAUGUCAGUUAAAGAUAAUGCAUGGAAAUUGACCAUCACAGUUCCUAGAACACAGUAAGGUGCUCAAUCAUGUAGGGUUUCCAUUGUUAGUAUGCUUUGGACUACAAGUAAGAGGAAACCUAAUUUAAAAUUGCUUAAACAAUUAGGGUCUUAUUAAGUCACAUAAUAAGAAGUUCUGAAAUGUGGUUGCUCCAAAGUUGGUUAAUUCUUUGGCUAAACAAAGUCAUCAAAGACUAAGGUGUUUUCCAUGUUUCUUUGCCAUUCUCAGCCUGUUAAUCUUCUCCUUUGCUAGCUCCUUUCAUGUUCCUAGUAAGACUGGUACACUCCAGGUGAGAAUCCAACAGAUCAAGAGACAAACUCUCCCAGGAAACCUUUCCUACUAACAGAUUUCCCCAGGCUCUCAUUGGAUAACGUCAUGUCACCUGCUCAUGUAUGAAGCCUAAAGCAGUCUUGGUCAGGGGAAUGGGACCACUUCAGUUGACCCAAAUGGGAGAGAUUGGCUUACCAGUGGAUACAUAAACAAAAUCACCAUUUUGUUAUAGAGAAUUAUACAUUGUUAUUUAUACCAUUGUUAUUUAUACAUAUUAUCUAUACACAGUGUACAUUAAACACAUUUGUGAAUGUGCUUAAACUAUUCAAAGUUUGGUGUUUGGCCAGCAAUAUUUUUCUGCAUGAUUUGAAAAUUUUGCAUACUUGGAACAGAACUUGAAUUUGAUUAGGUAAUUUAAAAAAUAAAAGAUACGACAUUGUAAGAAAAUGCUACAAAAAUGUAGGCAGGAUUCAUAAAACGAUUUUACUUUCACUAUACUUUCAUAUUUUUUUUUGCUUUAGCUUCUUUUAAAUGAGAAAUAAGAUACCCCUGCCAGAUUAACACUUUGAAACAUCAUAGUAAACACGAGCCAUAAUUAUGAAGGCACUUUUAUCUCUUGAGAGGUGGAGACACAAAUGCUAACUCGAUUCUCUUCAACUCUGUAAGACAUUUCAUGAUUAUAAAUUCACAUUUUCUCAUGGUUCCUACUUCAAAAAGCUCAUUAACCCUUAAAGCUCUAAAGUUAAAGAUUUGUAGUAUUUCUGUUACAUGUGAUAAAUUCUGUAUCUACUGAGGACACGUACCCACUCACUUUUUUUUAAUCCUUCUUAUCACUUAAUGAAAUACACUACAGACUACCUGAGUGGAACUCCUGGCCUGGCUCUGAGUCCUCCUUCACCCUGUCCUGUUUAACCUGUUUUCCUGGUACAAUAAUACAAUAAAUCAGUCCUAAGACAUCAUAAAAUACGGGUGAGGACGCUUCUCCUUUACCUCUCUUUGUACAGCUGAUAUUUCUUUGCAAGAAGCUGUAAAAAUUAAUCACCUAAAUUUUCAAUAUUUGAAAUUUCUACUUUCAGUGUUUUAUAGUUGCGUUUUUGUUCACCAAGGUAAAACUUCACUCAGGCUUUAUUGAAUACAAGUCUUGUUCCUUAAGGGAAAGCAAUAACCCUUGCUUCGCUACUCUCUCUAUAUUCAGUUUGCACAAUUUUCCUUCCCAACUGUGCAUCCUUGUGAGUCCAGAGAGUCUGGAGUUCAAAUUCUGAGUCUGCCACUUAACCUCACAGAGCCUAGUUUUCCUCACUGGAAAAUUAGGAUAGUAUUUCUACCAAAUACGGAUGUUAUUGGUCUUCAGGAGGACAUAUAUGCAAGGCACUUAGCAUGGUAUCUGACAUAAACUCAGUAAGUUAUAGUAGUUUUGGUUUUUAUAUUUACUAUUUUCAAAUCAAGGAUGUUUGGCAAUAUACGAAACAUUCUUUAUGAAAGGCUUAUGGAUUUUAUACAUGGAGUGGUUCCUCCCCCAGAAAAUGUAUUUGCAUGGCUGCUUCUAAAAGCAUAAAGAGACAGAGAAAAUGUAAGAACAAUUCUGCAUGUGGCAUUUCUUGAGCCCAUCAGAGCACAGAAGCAGCACCACUUGUAUACACGGCCACUCAUUAUUGAAGCUGAUUCUGGAGACUUGUUUGUGGUGGGUUAGGAAGGUUUAUCAUGUUGUGAAGUGUUUUCAGAUGAUGAAUUUUGGAACUUAAAGGAUGAACUAAGUACUCAUAGUAACUUUCUGGAUUAGCUCAACCUGACCCUCAGUCUUAGUAGUAAUUUUUAAGAUGCUUCUAGGUAUAGAAUCAUCUUAUUCACCUAUACAUUCAUUCAUUUAUCCAUGCAACAGAUGAUUUUAGAGCAUCUUCAGUGUUCACAGAGCUUUUCUUCCCCUUUGCUUUCAAAGCAUCAAAGGCCAGUAAAUCAUGGAACAACUACAUGCAGCAUCAGUUUCCUGGGUAUGUGACCUGCAGCUGCACUUGGUCCCAUGCUUGGAAUGUUCUGCUGUCGCCAUCUUGAAAUCCUUAAUUUUUUUCAAACAAAGAGAAUCCCAUUUUUAUUUACACCAGGCCCUGCGAGUCACGUAGCUGGUCCUGACUUCUCCUUUUCACCAAUGACAUUUACUCUGUAUUGAGCUGAGUAAGCACACAUGAGUUGAAAAGAACCAUAGACUUUGGGUCUUGAGUUUCCACAGUGUCUCAUACUCAGGAAGCUACCUAAUUUCUGGCCCUUGGUUUUCUCAGCUGUAAACGAAGGCAGACUACACAUGGUCUCCAUGAACGUGGCUGGUAAUCUUGAUACCUUAGGAGAAUAAGACACAGGUAAAAUAAUGCCAGGCCUGAGUUUGAAUUGUAAGUGUGGUGACUCUACUUUCAAAACUAGAAAUUACGGGGAUUAUGGGCAUUAUGGGGCCAAAAUAAAAAUGGAAAUUAGCACUCUUCUUGAGAAAGUUGAGCUGUGUAGUUGAAAUCUUUGACUUCUAGCCUAGGCCUACAUACAGUUUGGUGGUUUUUAAAAUAUAAAAUCAAAUUGAUUGAGCACUGGUAUUAUUCUGCUCAUUUAAUUUGGAUCUGUCCUUUCUUUUCUAUAGAUUUUAUGCUAAUUUCCCAGGGGAGACUUAACUCACUCCUGUACUUUUGCCACACUUAAAAAAAAUCUAUAGCCAAGACCUUAAACCUCUAAUAUACAAAUAUUGACAUCCCUGAGGAUCUUCUGAUUUUCAGCCCAAGAAGUUUUGUGUGUUGGGAGAUCAUAAUAAAAAAUAUGUUGCCAGCCCUCUGGCAUGGGUGCUAACCAAUCAAAACAGACCCCACAAUGUGGUACCAAGUGAUUGGCAGCCCUACAGUCUUACAUGUCAACGAUAACUUUUAGAGAAGGCACUACAGUAUAGUCAUCAUGGUCCAAAUAUCUGUUCUCCAGUGACCCAGACUCUCCAAGAUGCAAGAAAGAGGUACCACUAAACACAGUGAGUCUGUAUUGAUUCAGUGUGGGAACCAAGAUCUCUCCUAGUUCAGUCAGCUUGCACCUCUGCAAGCAUUGCUGCAAAGUGCGUGUUAAAAGUUAUAGCUCUUCAAUGGCAGACACAGACUUCAGAUACACUUGUUUUUCAUCAACUUAAGGUCAUUGACAAAUGGAAAUGAUAAAAGACAUUUCAAAGAAAACAACUUCAAAUUAACUGAGAUUCCGCAAUCAUUUUUAGAUACACCUUCAGUUCUGCUUGAAGCCAUCAUUUCCUUGAGCAAAUUUGAGAUCACAAGAGAAUGCAAUGCUCAGAGUGUCUCUAAUCACCCGCCUAAACAUUUGCAUCAUUAAGUUAGUCUCUCCACUUUACAAGCCUGCUGUCGGCCUGAAGAGAUGGAAGAGAUGGGGAGCUUUUCCAUAAUGGUAAAAGUCCACAAACAACUCCAGUGUAGCUCAGUGGCAUUUCUGAGCAGGGGCUACCCUGACUUCACCUUGGCCCACCAUGAGGGUCUUCCUGCUUUGUGCCUACAUACUGCUGCUGAUGGUUUCCCAGUUGAGGGCAGUCAGCUUUCCUGAAGAUGAUGAACCCCUUAAUACUGUCGAUUAUCACUAUUCAAGGCAAUAUCCGGUUUUUAGAGGACGCCCUUCAGGCAAUGAAUCGCAGCACAGGCUGGACUUUCAGCUGAUGUUGAAAAUUCGAGACACACUUUAUAUUGCUGGCAGGGAUCAAGUUUAUACAGUAAACUUAAAUGAAAUGCCCAAAACAGAAGUAAUACCAAGCAAGAAACUGACAUGGCGAUCAAGACAACAGGAUCGAGAAAACUGUGCUAUGAAAGGCAAGCAUAAAGAUGAAUGCCACAACUUUAUCAAAGUAUUUGUUCCAAGAAACGAUGAGAUGGUUUUUGUUUGUGGUACCAAUGCAUUCAAUCCCAUGUGUAGAUACUACAGGUUGAGUACCUUAGAAUAUGAUGGGGAAGAAAUUAGUGGCCUGGCAAGAUGCCCAUUUGAUGCCAGACAAACCAAUGUUGCCCUCUUUGCUGAUGGGAAGCUGUAUUCUGCCACAGUGGCUGACUUCUUGGCCAGUGAUGCCGUUAUUUAUCGAAGCAUGGGUGAUGGAUCUGCCCUCCGCACAAUAAAAUAUGAUUCCAAAUGGAUAAAAGAGCCACACUUUCUUCAUGCCAUAGAAUACGGAAACUAUGUCUAUUUCUUCUUUCGAGAAAUUGCUGUCGAACAUAAUAAUUUAGGCAAGGCUGUGUAUUCCCGCGUGGCCCGCAUCUGUAAAAACGACAUGGGUGGCUCCCAGCGGGUCCUGGAGAAACACUGGACUUCAUUUCUGAAGGCUCGGCUGAACUGUUCUGUCCCUGGAGAUUCGUUUUUCUACUUUGAUGUUCUGCAGUCUAUUACAGACAUAAUACAAAUCAAUGGCAUCCCCACUGUGGUCGGGGUGUUUACCACACAGCUCAACAGCAUCCCUGGUUCCGCUGUCUGUGCAUUUAGCAUGGAUGACAUUGAAAAAGUAUUCAAAGGACGGUUUAAGGAACAGAAAACUCCAGAUUCUGUUUGGACAGCAGUUCCCGAAGACAAAGUCCCAAAGCCAAGGCCUGGCUGUUGUGCAAAACACGGCCUCGCUGAAGCUUAUAAAACCUCCAUCGAUUUCCCGGAUGAAACCCUGUCAUUCAUCAAAUCUCAUCCUCUGAUGGACUCUGCUGUUCCACCCAUUGCCGAUGAGCCCUGGUUCACAAAGACUCGGGUCAGGUACAGACUGACAGCCAUCGCAGUGGACCAUUCUGCCGGACCCUACCAGAACUACACAGUCAUCUUUGUUGGCUCUGAAGCUGGCGUGGUACUUAAAGUUCUGGCAAAGACCAGUCCUUUCUCUUUGAACGACAGCGUGUUACUGGAAGAGAUUGAAGCCUACAACCAUGCAAAGUGCAGUGCUGAGAAUGAGGAAGACAAAAAGGUCAUCUCAUUACAGUUGGAUAAAGAUCACCAUGCUUUAUAUGUGGCAUUCUCUAGCUGCGUUGUCCGCAUCCCCCUCAGUCGCUGUGAGCGUUAUGGAUCAUGUAAAAAGUCUUGUAUUGCAUCUCGUGACCCGUAUUGUGGCUGGUUAAGCCAGGGAUCCUGUGGUAGAGUGACCCCAGGGAUGCUGCUGUUAACCGAAGACUUGUUUGCUUUCCAUAACCACAGUGCUGAAGGAUACGAGCAAGACACAGAAUUCGGCAACACAGCUCAUCUAGGGGACUGCCAUGAAAUUUUGCCUACUUCAACUACACCAGAUUACAAAAUAUUUGGCGGUCCAACAUCUGACAUGGAGGUAUCUUCAUCUUCUGUUACCACAAUGGCAAGUAUCCCAGAAAUCACACCUAAAGUGAUUGAUACCUGGAGACCUAAACUGACAAGCUCUCGGAAAUUUGUAGUUCAAGAUGAUCCAAACACUUCUGAUUUUACUGAUCCUUUAUCGGGUAUCCCAAAGGGUGUACGAUGGGAAGUGCAGUCUGGAGAGUCCAACCAGAUGGUCCACAUGAACGUCCUCAUCACCUGUGUCUUUGCUGCUUUUGUUUUGGGGGCAUUCAUUGCAGGUGUGGCAGUAUACUGCUAUCGAGACAUGUUUGUUCGGAAAAACAGAAAGAUCCAUAAAGAUGCAGAGUCCGCCCAGUCGUGCACAGACUCCAGUGGAAGUUUUGCCAAACUGAAUGGUCUCUUUGACAGCCCUGUCAAGGAAUACCAACAGAAUAUCGAUUCUCCUAAACUGUAUAGUAACCUGCUGACCAGUCGGAAAGAGCUCCCACCCAAUGGAGAUACUAAAUCCAUGGUAAUGGACCAUCGAGGGCAACCUCCAGAGCUGGCUGCUCUUCCCACUCCUGAGUCUACACCCGUGCUUCACCAGAAGACCCUGCAGGCCAUGAAGAGCCACUCAGAAAAGGCCCAUGGCCAUGGGGCUUCAAGGAAAGAAACCCCUCAGUUUUUUCCCUCUAGUCCGCCGCCUCAUUCCCCAUUAAGUCAUGGGCAUAUCCCCAGCGCCAUUGUUCUUCCAAAUGCUACCCAUGACUACAACACGUCUUUCUCAAACUCCAACGCUCACAAAGCUGAAAAGAAGCUUCAAAACAUUGAUCACCCUCUUACAAAGUCAUCCAGUAAGAGAGAUCACCGGCGUUCUGUCGAUUCCAGAAAUACCCUCAAUGACCUCCUGAAGCAUCUGAAUGACCCAAAUAGUAACCCCAAAGCCAUCAUGGGAGACAUCCAAAUGGCACACCAGAACUUAAUGCUGGAUCCCGUGGGAUCGAUGUCUGAGGUCCCACCUAAAGUCCCUAACCGGGAGGCAUCGCUAUACUCCCCUCCUUCAACUCUCCCCAGAAAUAGCCCAACCAAGCGAGUGGAUGUCCCCACCACUCCUGGAGUCCCAAUGACUUCUCUGGAAAGACAAAGGGGUUAUCACAAAAAUUCCUCCCAGAGGCACUCUAUAUCUGCUAUGCCUAAAAACUUAAACUCACCAAAUGGCGUUUUGUUAUCCAGACAGCCUAGUAUGAACCGUGGAGGAUAUAUGCCCACCCCCACUGGGGCGAAGGUGGACUAUAUUCAGGGGACACCAGUGAGUGUUCAUCUGCAGCCUUCCCUCUCCAGACAGAGCAGCUACACCAGUAAUGGCACUCUUCCUAGGACGGGACUAAAGAGGACGCCGUCCUUAAAACCUGACGUGCCACCAAAGCCUUCCUUUGUUCCUCAAACCCCAUCUGUCAGACCACUGAACAAAUACACAUACUAGGCCUCAAGUGUGCUAUUCCCAUGUGGCUUUAUCCUGUCCAUGUUUUUGAGAGGAUGAUGUUGUAAGGGUACCUUAAAACAAGAGACUUGCUUGUAUUUUAAGAGAACCAAGUGGCCAAAGAAACUCUUUCUAACUUUGGCAACAUCAGAACUUGCCACAUGUAGCUACUGCAGCAAGGCUUCUGUGUACUUGCCUGAAAACAAAGGAAGGUGCUGGUCAUUCCAUUUCUUUUGUUUGAAGCUAAAGAGAUGUGUAGCUCCCAGGGGCUACCUUACCAGUAUAAAGAGCUGAUAACAGUACUCAGAAGAAUCUGUGAACAAAUACUUGAAAAUGGGUUCAAUGUUGACUGCCAUUAUGUGUGGUCUUCCCAUUAAAUGUGAACAUUUUAAUAUGUAUGCAUUCACCUUGCCUCUUGCACAAAUGUCGAAAAAAGAUGGUAAUGUCUCAAAGAAAUGAACUUGUAGAUUACCACGCAGUUUGCUAAAAAUUCAAUCUUUGACCCAAGCUGUAGCAUUUUUUUUUUCAUGUGUGGCAUUUUUUUCAUGCCACCAACAAACUUGUUGCGUGUGUGUGUGUGUGUUUGUGUGUGUGUGUGUGCUGUGCCCACUAGGAUUUGUUUAGGUGCCCAUUGCAUCUUUUUGUGCUAUGGAGUUGUUUACAUUGAGCAUAACUGAACGAGAGACAAUACUACUUCCCACAGGAGUCCAUUGGGUUCAGCUUUGAAAGAGGAAUAGAAUCGAGGCUCCUUUGACCAUCAAAAUGAUGAACUUUACUUAUGUGGUACCCAAUGCCAGAAUGUAAGAGUUGCAAGUGAUUUUGUGCUGCUAUUCAUUAAAACUUCUAUUCCAGUCUUGCCAGCUUAAGGAGAUCAAGAUAUUAAGAGGUAUCCUUGAUUUAUUUUCCAGUAUUCAGUAGUAAAAUUUUCCUGUCCACUGUGAAUCAAAGCCUGAGUCACUCUAUUUAACCUUAGACACAUUAAUAAGGUUUUAUUUUUAUUGUGUUUGGUUUUUUCCCGCAUAGUAAAAUUUCUCCUCCUUUAACUCCUCCUACCCCCCAAGGUAAAAAACAAAAAAAACAAACAAAAAAUAGAAGACGAAAGAAAGACAUAUGAAAGGAAUUGUAAUUGGCUUAACAGAAACAGUCUGUGAAGACUAACAGUGGUGCAAUCAUGUUGUCUGUGUUGUGUUAUGUGAGAAUUUUCUCCUAAGUCAUGCAGGUAAUGACAAUAUACUGUAAAUACCACAUGUGAGUUUACCUGAAUCUGUGCAUUUUGUGCCUUAUUCAUGAGAAUGAUAGAAGUACUAAAAUAUGUCAAGUGUUUUCAGUAUAGCACAUUAUUUACUGAGUGCCAGUUGUAAAUGUUUUUCAACCAGCACCUGAAAAAGACUCUUUUCAAAAAAUCACAGAAACAAUCUAGAACAAUUAAUUGUUAACAUAAUCCAACCUCAGAGCAGCAUUACAUUCUUUGCCAUGAUAAACAUUCCACUCCUGCUUUCCUAAGGAUGAAACAGUGAUAAUGUGAACUCAAAUGAGGUUUCCUGGGUAAUGUGACACCUGCAGAAACUAUAGAGCGUCAUUUAUACGUAGUUUGGCAGAAACCACUUACAGUUGAUGAUGCGCAACCCUGCUGACUGUUUCAGUUAAUAUGCUGCAGACCACACAGUUGUUUAGUGAACCAAAUCUAGAAAGUACCAAGGCAGAGGAAUGCUCCUGCUGUAGUCAGGCAAAUGAGUUCAACUGGAUUUCUUUUGACAAUACUGUUGGUACCUAUUACUUUGGGGAGGACAGGUUGCAGAAGACCAGAUCAUUUUUAUACAGAAUGUGAAAUACUGAUACAGCUAUUCUUUUUUUUUUUUAAAGAACAUUGUUUUAUAAAGAACAUGAUUUCCAGUGAUCUCUGGAGGCGCUAAAGCUAAAAUUUCUGUUCUUGAAACACUUCAGCUUUGCAACUAAAAUAUUACAGAUUAAUAAUAAAUUAAACCAACCAAUGAUAAACACUACUCAGUCCACCAACAACAAACGUGUUUGAAUUCACCUUACCAAUAUUAAUCCCAGCGUGUGUAAAAUGGAACAGUAACUCUAUGUGACCCCAGAUAACAUUUUGUAACAUUGUACUUCCUUGUAGUUUGUAAUGUGAGUUCAAUCAGUAUUUAUGUUGAAAUUUCUAACAUGAAAUCUAGUCUCUAUCCUGUUAAUUUAAUUUUUAAAUGCUUUAUCCGUUUGUGCAAAGGUAAACGCAGAUUGUAUCUUUUUUAAUGGUACGGCAUAAAAAGUAACCCUCAAGUGAAGUGGCUCUAUACUGUUUUAUAGAGUACUUUAACAUGUAUAGAUAUCUUGUAAACUUGUAUUGUGGAUGUGUAAAUAAUACGUACUUUGGGUUUUUAACACCGCAUGUAAAGUCAAAAUAAAAUAUACAAAUCAUUA